AUGGAGCAGCCUCGCCACGAGAGCCACCAGCGCUGGAUCUGCGGCGGCUUCGCGGUGCUCGUGUGCUUCGUCAUGUUGCUGGGCUCCGCGCACGAGAUCCCGCAGCGCGGCGUCGUGGUGAUCAACACGUGGCCGUUCGUGAACGCGACGCGCGCGGGCUUCCAAGCUCUGCACGGCCCCGGCGGUCGCUCGCGCGCGCUGGACGCCAUCACGAGAGGCUGCAACCGCUGCGAAGUGGAUCAGUGCGACUUCACUGUGGGCUAUGGAGGCAGCCCAGACUCCAAUGGGGAGACGACACUGGACGCCAUGAUCCUGGACGGCUCCACCAUGGAAAUGGGCGCGGUGGCGCAGCUCCGACGCGUGAAGCCGGCGAUCGAAGUGGCCCGCGCAGUCAUGGAGCACUCGUCGCACAGCAUCUUGGCUGGAGAUGGAGCGCUCGCCUUCGCCAAGAUGAUGGGGUUCGAGGAGACCCCGCUGGACACGCCGCGGUCAAGGGAGAUCUACCAGAAGUGGUUAGAUGGCAAGUGCCAGCCCAACUACUUCCGCAACGUCGUGGGGCAGAAUGCGUCGUGCCCGCCGUAUAAACCGCUGCCGUCAGAACAUGAAGUGUAUGCAGGGAUUGAAGGCCAAUCGCUGCUGCGUGCUACUUCUACGAGUGACCGCCGACAGAACAAUGUCGACGUCCAAAGCUUGAUCUCGAAGCAGAACCACGACACCAUUGGGAUGGUGGUGCUUGCGGAGAAUGGGCACAUGGCUGCUGGGACUAGCUCCAACGGAGCGACUCACAAGAUCGCAGGACGCGUCGGUGAUGCCGCGGUUCCUGGUGCAGGAGCUUACGUGGAUUCGUCCAUCGGCGGUGCUGCUGCGACUGGAGACGGAGAUGUCAUGAUGCGCUUCUUGCCCUCAUUCUUUGCUGUUCAGGAAAUGAAGAGAGGAGCUCAUCCCCGCAAAGCAUGCGAACGCGCACUUCAUCGAAUCGCCGCAGUCUACCCGCACUUCCUGGGAGGAAUGGUCUGCCUCAAUCGGCUUGGUGAGUUUGGCGGAGCUGGCUACGGGUGGGACUUUGCAUUCACAGUGCAGGCAAGCUGGAUGUCAGAGCCCGAGGUGGUGCACGUGACGCCACUGUCCCUCCCUCGUGAAUUGACGUAA